AUGUCCACUGCAUCUAAAGUGACCUUCGCCGCCUCCUGUCUCUUUGCAAUUGGCUCCUUCUACUACAUCAAGUACGAGCAGGAUGUCGACCGGUAUAACCAGAGGCAGGGCCCUAUCAAGGACGCCAAGAGGCUCGCCCAGAGGAAUUUGUCCAAAAAGCAAACGGCCAACGAGUUAGAGCAUCAGGAGCAGAUGGCUCUAAAGAAACAGUACGAGAGUGUUCAACCUUUGAACAGCGAGAUCAUCCGGGGCGAGGAUCCGGAAAAAUAA